UUGUUGUUUGUUGGUUUAAUUAAGUUUUCUGAAAGAUGCUCAGCUUUGGAUUUCCGAAAUUUUGAAUUAAAAAAUUAGGUUUCUGAAGGGUUAUGUUGUUUGGACAGUGACCAUUUUUCUCAGCUUUGGAUAUCCCAAAAUUUUCUUUUUUAACUGUGUCUCUUGAGCUUGAACACUUUGGAUUUUUCUCCCGUAUUUUCCCAUCUUCUUAUCCCUACUCUAUCUCCUGUUUCUUCUUCUGGUUCGGUGUUGGGUUCUUUCUCGAUUAGAUGAUUGCUAUUUGUUUCUUAUUUAAAUUCCUACGGGAUUUAUGUAUAGUUUCUCUUAUUCUGCUUGAGACUUUUGAGGUUUCUGCCCCUUCUCCAUAUCCCUUUCUCACUUGGAGUUCUGUCCCUCAAAAUAUUUAUUUUUAGUUUCAGUUGGUUUUCUUCAGUUUUUUUCGCAGCAUAUCCUUUUGCUGUAGUUGACUGGCUGGGUUUUCUAUGUUCUCAUGACUCUCACUUGUCUAAUUUUUUCUGAGUUGUCAACUGAAUCAAGUUGGAAGCAUUUCACUGGAGAGAAUUGAAUCUCUGAGGGCAAUGGAAAAUUCUUACGAGACAUCUGAUGGUAAGGGACCAACCAGUAAUGGCCACUUUAUAAAGCACUCUCCUUACCAGCAAUGUGUUAAGGGCUCACUACCUUGGCUUAAUUUAAGAGUUUUCUAUGUUAGAAUAAGCAAAUGUGAGAUUGAUGAUUCAACACCUGAUUGCCUCACGCUAAAUCAUAUUCCCCUGCAUCCCAACACCCUUCUCGAAGUAAAUGGCAUUAGAACAAGUAUCUAUUCUGAUGGGGCUUCAACACUCCUCAGAAGGGAUCGAUUAGAUAAGAGAUCUGAAGAAGUUACAUUUGUGAGCACUGAUAGUAUUAGGAUGACAAGAAGUGUGAAGUUUGAGGUCUUUGAUAAGGACGUUCUUGUGCUAUCUGGGGUUUUAGAAUUGUGUAUCAGUAAUGGUUUUACUGGGGAUCCAGGAAACCAUGACCAGAGAUGGAGCAUGAAUUGUGAAUCAGACAUGACCUCAGGCACUGGUUUCCUGAAGGCUAGACAAUUUACAGGGUCAGACCCUACUUCACCAACAAUUGAGGUGUAUGUUGCGGGGUCCUUCUCUGGCACUCCAAUCAUCUUAACUAAGACUUUGCAGCUUAGUUCUCGGAAAAAGCAAACAAGAAAGGGGAUGUUGGAUUCCAUACCAGAGUACGAGGCAUAUGAAUUCAAGAAAGAUGAUCCAUCUGUGCUUCCUUUGCAGAUGUCAGAGUACUCAAAUCACAAACCAGAAAAUGAAGACUAUUACCGCCCCUACCUGGGGACUGAAUAUGUACAAGGUGAAUAUCUUGAUGGUGAAGAUGGGGAACUCUCAUGGUUCAAUGCUGGUGUGAGGGUGGGUGUUGGCAUUGGCCUCAGCAUAUGUGUGGGAAUCGGGUUAGGUGUAGGUUUGCUGGUUCGUACCUACCAAGGCACAACCCGAAACUUUAGGAGGCGGCUUCUAUAGCAACAUCCAAUGUUAUCAUCGAUCAAUAGAAGCUAACAUACCAGUGUUUCUGACAGAAUACAGUUAUUGAUUAGAAAGUCAAGUUUUUUGUAUUCAGUGCGGUUGAGGCAAGAAUUCCAGUUUAAUCUUGGUUUUGUCAUUCGUGCGGGGAGAGGUGAGCCUUUGAUCUAAGAAUAAAGCAUAAUUGUAUUUCAUAUGGACCACCAUUACAGCAGUAAUCUUGCAUGCUUGUCCUGCUCAUAGUUUUCAUAAAUGUACAAGUUCAUUAUGGAGUUGUAGAAUUUUGUCAGAUGAAGUCAUGAUUUUUGUCUAUAGAUAUCACUAAAGCUGGGGUAAUGGAAAGAGGUAUAGAUCCUUUUUUGACAA